CGACGACGAACACGACGACACUAAUCAUUGAUCGAUUCAUUAAUUUUCUUCAACCACCGCUUAGACAACAACUGCAGCAACAUUUUUGGUUGCCUUUAUUAUUAUUAUUACCAUGGAAAACUAAUGACAAUAAUAAUAACAGCAAACAACAACAACAACAACAACAACAACAACAACAACAACAACAACAAAAGUAACAACAAUGAUAAUAAAUCUAUUGUCAGAUUAAAUUUGACAAAGACGACAACUAGAAUCCAUCGAAAAUCUAUUAACAAUGAUAAUGAUGAUGAUGAUGAUAACAUCAGCAAUUGUAUUGAAUUGAAAUUAGAUCAAAAUCGACAACAACAACAACAACAACAACAACAACAACAACGACGACGACGACUAUUACGACAAAAACUAAUACCAUACAAUAGUAAUAAAAAUGUGCCAAAAAUUUUCAAUUUGGUGAUAACAUUAGGAAUAUUUCUGACAAUUUGUUUGACCAAAUCCGUAUGGACAAUUACGGUUACAGAAGUACAUAUCAUGUCAAUUAAAAGUGGCCGUACUGAUUAUGUUAUAGCUGGUGAAAGUGUACAAUUAUCUUGCCAUUAUAUGUUUACAAAACCAUAUGAAAGAGUAUUGGCUGUUAAUUGGAAAAAGGAUGGUCAAGAGGUUUAUUUUUCAAUGCCAAACAAACGUCCAUUAGCAUUGUCAUUAUUUCGUGGCCACGUUGAUUAUAAUUCAAAAGAUUUAUUAAACACUGUCACAUUAUUCAAUGUUGACAAGAAUUUUGCUGGCCAAUAUUCAUGUCGUGUAAUUACUGAAUAUAAUGAAUCGGAAAAUUCUGCACAAAUGAUUAUUAUUGUUGAUGCCUGUAAAGAUUCAAAUUGGAAAACCAAAACCGAUAUGGUCAACUGUGUUGAAGAAAUUAGUUUUCAUUGUAUUGGAAUGUAUCCAAAACCAUCACCAGCUUGUAGUAUUCAUAAUGACGUGACUGAUCAAUAUUUUGCUGGUGAAACAUUCGAUAUGAUUGAACAAUUAUCAAAUGGUACAUAUGAAAUUGCAAUACAAAGACGUUAUUUAGCUGAAAAUUUUACCAAAUAUCCUGGACAACUUUCAUUCCAUUGUCAUCUAUUAGUAUUGAUGACUUCAUGGCGUAUGGGCAUCAAUUAUAAACUUUUUGGUGAUGCUGGUUGCAUUGAUUUACCACCAUCAAUCAAUAAUGGAACAUCACAAUUGAUUGGUGAAAAAACAUGUUGGAAUACACCGAAAGAAAAUAGUCGUGUCAAUUAUAGCUGUCAUGAUGGUUACAAUUUAAUGGGACCAUCAGUAUUGAUUUGUCGUAAUGGUAGUUGGAUACCGGAUCCAAUCAAUCUAAUGUCACAACCGGUUGCUGAUUUACGAACUUAUAAUCAAUUACGUUUACCAAUGCCUUAUUGUCAGUUUAUUGAAAAUCAAUUGAAAAAUGAUUCUACAUCGUUACCGAUUCUGUUGUCCAAAUUUUAUCAAAUUUCAUCAUUGUUUUUAUUGUUGUUGUUUCAUCAUCAUUGCUAUUUUGUUGCCAAAAAUUAA